GUGGUGCUGGAGAGUCUUUUUUUUCGAGCGAUCGCAAUCUUUAUUCGGCUGAGACUCUUCCGGCUUUGCGGUGGGGCUGCUGGCGAGCGGCUCCCCUCACCCGGAGAAUUAUGGACCGAAAAAAAAAGCCUCUGGAUAUAACAGUCGGUUCGCUGGUAGAUUUGAAAGCUGAACUGUUCCGAAAACAGGAAGAAUUCAAGAGAGAGAAACUUCUAAAAGAUGCCGGAGUCCAUGUUAAGCCCAAAACAAUAAAUAAGAAGCCAACCAUUUGGACUAAGCAGAACAAAGGAGUUUCGGAUCGAGCUGAAAAAGACGUUGAGCAGAAGAUAGAGGAACAGCAAACUCUAGAUAAAUCAAGGCAAAAACUGGAAGAGAAAGCACGUCUGUAUGAAAAAAUGACCAAGGGAGAUUUUCCAGAUGAAGAAACUGAAGAUUUAUAUCUUGUGGAUUUCACUCAGAAGAUAAUUGACAAACAGAGAGAAGUACAAGAAAUGUGUACCAGUGAAACUGCCAGUAAAGCAAUGGGAGACGAAAAAGGGGAAGAAGAGAGAUUCUCUGAAGCAGAAGUCCCACCUAUACAGAACCCAGAUGAAGAAUGGGUUGAAUAUGUGGAUUAUUUAGGCCGUUCAAGACAAUGUAGGAAGAAAGAUUUGCCCCAUCUGCUAGAAAUGGAUAAACUGAACCAGGAUGAGAGCUCGCCAGAGAAUGAAAAAAAGACUCUACUGUCAGAAGACAUGAGAAGGGAGCUUCAGCGACAGGAAUGGGAAAGAGAGGAAGAAGAAGCACUGAAGAAACCUAUGGGGCCAAUUCAUUAUGAAGACAUUCGAGAAAAUGAGGCGCGACAGCUUGGUGUUGGUUACUUUGCCUUUGCCCGUGAUCAGACUUUGAGAAAAAAACAAAUGGACACUUUAGAAAUGCUGAGAGAGCAGACCAUCGGUCAGAGAGCAAAGCGAGAACAUUUAAAGGAAAAACGUAAAGCUAUUUUGGAAUCCAGGUUGUCUAAAAUUCGAGCGAAAAAGCGCUUAAAAGAUGGCGAUACGAAAGAAAAUGGAGAAGAGGAAGCGCCAGAGCCAGUCCUACCUUCAAGCAAGCCCGCUGAACUGCCCAGAGUUCCUACAGAAACUAGAAAAGUAGAAGUUAUCAUUCAGGAGAGGAAAGAUACAAAGCCGGGUGUGCCUUAUGUUCGUGAAUGGGAUAAAGGCAAAGAAUUCACUUUUGGACUUUGGUCAAAGAAGCAGAAUGAACUCAGGAACGAAAGAGAUCCAGAGUUUGCACCACCUUCUGCUUACUUUAUAAAUCAAAAGAAAUGUUACAAUCAAAAUUGGAACAAAUCUGAAUCCUCCUAUGUAAGUACAGAAGAUAGUCUUACAGGCAACUUUCCGUCUACAUCAGCUGAGACUCACCAUAACUCGUGGAACAAUGAUUUCAUACCUACUCAGGCACCUGAGAUGAGGACAUCAAACCAAGAACCAGUUUACCAAAGUUUGGAUGAUAUGCUCUCCUAUUACAAGCAAGUCACAUGAACGUCAGAUGCCAUUAGGAAAACAAUUUGUUCCCUAAUUAUUAAAACAAAUUAAGGAUAGUUUCUGUGAGCAGGUGAACUUUCCUGCAGUUCCCGUCUCUCCUAUCACUUCUAAUAUUAAAGAAUUAACUUCAAAGAUA